ACUUAAGCCAUGCAAGCCAGUCACGAUCGAGUGACGAUCGAGUGUACUCGCGCGUGACUUGACUGCUGUAUAUACUCAGUGACUGAGACUCCGUCCAUGCUGCUGCUGCAUCCCGCCAGCUUUCUGGGUUGAACCUGAACGGAUUGGAGCGCAGCGCAGUGCGCCUUUCGCACACUUCGUCGAGCGUCGAGGCAAUCAUCGGCUUGACACCGAUUACGCUUCCCGUUGCCCGUUCCCCUCUUCCUUCCCCUCCCCCUUUGACCACCUUUCCAUCAAACAUGGCUACACUUCCGCGGCUUGCCCCUCUCUCCCUUCCGGCACCGGCACCCGUGCCUUCCACACCGACCAUUACCAUUCUCGGUAGCAGCUCUUGGGCGCAAGAUGCAGCACUGUUCUGGCUAGCCUUUGGCGCCAACGUCAAUCUAAUUUGCGAUCGCGAUGAAGAGUGUCGUAUGUCCGAGGAGCAAGAGCAAGCAAAGUCGUCGCAAAUUCAACUUGGCCUCCUCGACAGGCUGGCUAUGGUGCCGCGCUAUCGAGCCCGCAACACGCUUCUCACCUUGCCCUUUGCUGAGCAUGUCGGUCUGACUCACGACUCUGCUGCCUCCGCCUCCGCCUCCGCCUCCGCCUCCACUUCCACUUCCACUUCCACUUCCGCGCUUUUGCUGGAUCUAAGCGCCAGCUCACCGUCGGCAUCGCAAGCAAAGGCGAUCAUGCUACCUGUGCCCGUGCCCGUGCCCGUGCCUGUGCCUGCGCCUGCGCCUGCGCCUGCGCAGUCGGACGAAGAAUCACGUGAAUCGACGAAUGAACAGGCGCAGGCGUUCCCGAUGCUCUUGCACCUUCUUCCCACUCGCGAUAACGAUAUCCUCGACAGUGCUGCCCUCGAGAUUCUCCUUCCGGCCAGUGCAGAUGGCCCAUCGGCCGAUUUAUACUCAAACUCUUCCCUCACCGCUCUCGACUCGCUUACCGCGGCUUUAGGAUUGACAACCUGGCGAAGAGUAAUGGACGCACAAAGCCCCCUUGAAAGGCUCCGCGCGGCUGUUCGAGACUUCCGCUUUGCAUGUAGCAGGGCGCCAAGCAGUAUAGAGGAAGCACAUCCAGAGCAAGUGCCUGACGGCCUCGACCUGUACAAGAUGUUGCAGAUCAGAUCAGGUCAAGAGCGUCAAUUGCUCGAUGCUCAGAGAGUCUCACGUGGGCUUAGGCAGAUGCCCACGCCCUACCUCUUAGCAUUGGAAUUGCUCCGAGCAAAAUUGCUUUGCAUCGAUGCGCACACGGGUCAAACACACGAGGUGUGCGAUCUAUCGAGCUUCGGCCCUUCAGGAUCCCUGCGCGGUCCGGAUGGGGUGACUUUUGAUGCCUCGAGAGGGUGCGCAUACGUUACUUGUAUGGGCACCCCAUCCUCCGAUAAUGGAUGGAUACUGCGAGUGCCGCUCUCAGUUCGACACGGGCCAGAAGGGGAGCGCGUCGGUGCAUCAAAAGCACGCCACGUGAGCUGCUCGGCGCAGCCAGAAUACGUAGUCAGACCUGGACAGACGCACACGCCGAAGCAAGUCUAUUACGAGGAGAAGACGGAUAGGAUCUACUGGUGCGAUCGAGAAGGUGGUCGGAUCCAGAGCAUCAAGCCGGAUGGAAGCUCUUUACAGACCAUCUAUCGCUCUCAGCCCGCGCACAUCCCGAAACCUCUUGUAGAUCAGCGAGAUUGGUGCGUGGGAAUAGCGAUAGACGCGCAGAGGGAGCUCCUGUACUGGACGCAAAAAGGCUACGCAAAGAGCAUGUCGGGAAGGAUCUUCUGUGCUCCGCUCCCCACCAUCGCUUCGCAGUCGCAAGAAGAAGAAGAAGCAUCACAUUUGACACCGGAUUCCGAAUCUGUGCACACGAUCGCCGACGCACUGCCCGAACCGAUCGACCUGCACCUCAGCCCUGACGGGCAGUGGCUCUAUUGCACCACGCGCGGAGAAGUUCCCUUCGGAAAUUCCGUCCUGAGGUUCUGGGUGGGUCGGUGCGACAAGGAGGGGCGCGGUCAGAAGCCUUCUGCUGCGCAGGCUGCUGCAUCGCAGGUGCAGCGCUUGACACCCGCCUCUUUCGCUCCUCUCCUGGUUUCGCUGGGCUUUCACGAAGCGAUAGGGCUAGCCAUCUCAUCCACACCUCACCACCCUGACGCUCGUAUCUACGUCGCUGACCUCGGCGGCUCGAUUUGGAGUCAUCGUACCAAUGGUACGGAUCGUAGAUGCUUGCUCAAAGAUGCCGGUAGCUUCACUGGACUAUGUUUGCUGGAGUAGCAUUUUCUCGAUUCUAUUCCCCCAAUCAUUGCGCUCCAAGGCGACCCAGGAGGUGCGACGCGCCGCCACGCGCGCUCGCACUCGCAUGUACAUUCCACUCGAUACGUGAUCCCUUGACUGAACACCAUGAUCGUCAUGCAACAGAAGGUUUGCGACGACGUGAGCGCGCGCGCAAAGGGUCACCGCUACUCGUUUACAGAUUAGCACGAAGACGGAGGAGAAGCGGUUUGAAUUUGAGGCGGGCGAAUCAUGCAUAUCUUGAGCGAAUCGUGGGAUCGCUCGCGCAGGGGCAAGAGAGAAAGGCUACGAGCCUGACUAGUCUUUCUGAGAGUGCAACGUCAAAGCAAAGGGAGUCAAAAGUAGGGCCCCCAAAACAAGAGAGAAUGCGAUGCCAUCGUAGGGGGCAGUCAG